GCCACGGUAACAGUCAACAUCUGUUCAUUAUUUUUGGACGAAAACAACACGUAGCGUUUAUAAAUAUUUUAAUAUAUAUCACGGAAAAACUCAUGUAAAGGAAUUGCGAUAUAAACCACGAAAAUGGCAAGCCCCUACGUGAUAAUUACCAAAAUAGCUUUGCUGCUGGCCCUUAUACUUGCGGCUGAUUCUCAUGAAGCCAAAGAUUUUGACGAUUCAAUUUUGUACAAAAUUGAUUUCGAAGUGCCCGAAUUGAUUGGACAGCCAGACUUUGGCAAUCAGCUUCGAACUUUCUACACGCCGGACAAGGAGAAAUACGAUUGUUUGAUUCCGACAUUGGAGCGCCAGAAAGAGGAAGAAAAGUCAGACAAGCCGGAGUUUUCCCCUAUCAGCCUACUGCAGCCCACCUUCUCAGCCUUGACCUGCACUUACCGCAUCGAAGCUUAUUGGGCUUAUGAGAUCUGCCAUGGUCACCAUGUGCGACAGUAUCACGAGGAACGCGAGGGAAAGAACGUCAAGUUCCAGGAGUACUACUUGGGAAAAUGGACUGAUGACAAGACGGAGUUGCUGACCAAAGCCUGGGAGACUGACCUUAAAGCGGGCGUUAAACCAAAGUACAAGAGCCUGAAGAUCGACAACACACGGUAUCCCUAUUUCGAGAUGGAAUACAGCGAUGGCACCAUGUGCGACAUUAUUGACUCUCCGCGCACCACGAUGGUGCGCUAUGUGUGCUAUCCGCACGGCAAGGAUGACAUCUACUCCUUUAAAGAGACCUCCUCCUGCAAUUACGAGGCCAUCAUUCUCUCAUCGACGCUGUGCGUUAUUCCUGGCUUUCACGCUGAGGAGACCAAGGAGCUAUCCAUACAAUGCUUUAACUCCGAUUCGGAGCCACAUAGACCGCUGAGCAUGCUGCGGUCGGAGUUAAGUGAGUGGGCUGAAUCCGAGGCGGAUUUGCUGGUUUCAAAGGAAAAGGAGAGCAAAGACCCAGCCAAACUGUGGCUUAAGGCGGAUGUGGACAUGAUCACCUUCAAGUACAGCGGGGAUAUAGACAAAACCAUACUGGAGCUCGUUAGUAAUGGAGACAUCGAGGAUGACCGCAAUUAUCAGCAGCUUCUGCUGGCCAGAGCUGGAACAGGGCCCACACCCAUCACCGAUCUAACCCCCAUAAGAGACUUCAUUUCGGGAAAAAACUGCCUAACUGGGGGAAACGGCUGGUGGAAGUACGAAUUUUGCUAUGGGCGACAUGUACGUCAGUUUCACAAGGACAAGAACAGCGAAGUGGAACUGUUUCUGGGCUAUUUCUCAGAUGAAGCUCAUCGUGCCUGGGCCAACUCCAAUCCAGAUAAGGGAGCCCGUCGUACCGGGUUCUCGUCAUCCAUCUGGCACCAUUACGGGAAGGGCACCCACUGUGACCGCACUGGUUUGGCCCGCGAAGUGGACGUAAAACUGACCUGCACGCCUGUUACCAACAGUGGAACUGCCGUGUCCAUGUAUCUGCUCGAGCCGAAGACGUGCCAGUAUAUCCUGGUUGUGGAGUCGCCCACCAUUUGUGAUCUCAUGCAAUACGCGGACUCCCACGGCCUAGUAAAGUCAGAGGAUCUGCAAAAGGCCCUGGUAUCCGGCACUGAGAAGUCGGCUACAACAUCGGCCCCCGCGCCUAUUCCCAGCCAGGAGGAGGAGAUCCGCUCUUAGGCUGUCCUGGUAUUCCAACUCUAGUGAAAUACUUUUAAAUACAUUGAUUGUAAUUUUAAAUCUUUGCUUUAUGAAGAACCCUAUCGGGAGCGAGAUUUUAGGGGAAGUGCAUACGUUUUUGUGCGAGUGGGAAAAAAAAAAAUGAACUAGUGCUUGAAAACAGCAUCAGAUAGUAUCAUAGUACUGCUUAUUAAUGUAAUAAUAAUAAAAACCCUAAUAACAAUA